AUGCGAUGUGCUGCCGAAGCAGCAAGAAAAGCGGUUGCACGCAUGCGUGCAGACGAAGAGACUUCUUGUCUUGCUUCAGAAGCAGGUGAAACUUUGCCUGCUGUUGCGAUUCAGCAGCAGGCAGUUUCUGUUGUGAACAGUCCAUGUGGUGAGUCACCACGUGCGACAGUUACAUCCGCUGCAUGUGUAGCGGGUACUGCAAAUCGCAAUGUAGAUGAUCCUGAAAUAGAGAUCAUCGGUUCUGGCAAGUCUGAUGAUGCAUCCGACUCGAAGGCGACACCUCUUGCCUCCGGAUCAUCCAGGGUCGAUACUUUAAGAGCUAGGCUGACUGGCUUUGAGGAUUGUGGCGGCAUCAUGCCAGAGAUUUUCGGACCGAGCGAUUUAUCUGACGCAUCCUUGUCUCACGCAAGUCCAUCCGAUGAUAGGACGCGUGGUGAUGGUGGUGAUGCCCCUAUGCAUCACCACGAGAGAAGCAACUCGAAAGAUCUAGUUGCCACUGGUGUCAGUGCUCGUGCUGACACCACACUAGAGGCCAGGGACCGCAAUGUCCUGCGCCACGCUCCUCAAGUGGAGUCUCGUUGGGUGCCGUCAUCCAAAGAGUUUAAGCAAGUUGCUGUUCCGACCACUUAA